AUGCUUGCCGCCUGUGGGUCCGACACGAAAGCCGAAAACAUCGUGCAGACCUGGCGCGUGGUCAGCGAUGGAUUCACCCGGAUCAUGACUGCCCUACAGAGGAGUUUGAACCAACACCAGUCGGUGACUAGAUCGGCAGCGGCCAAAGCGCGCCAUUCAAGCUACAUCCUGCAGAAGGGCAUCUCCAUGGGCCUGGGCCUGUACGAGCACCAGGUGCACGUGGUCAAAACGGCCGCCGAGCUCCUCUUCGACGGUUACGAAGACGACAUGGUCCUGAUGGCGAAGCAGUUCUACAACGCAGACGAGGUUCCCUUCGAUCGAGUUGGUUGGUUCUAUACGAGAAACAACUCAGCCGAUCUGAUUGGACACUAUAACGUUCACACCGGGGUAGAUGACAUCUUCAAGAUAGGUUCUAUGGCAGAAUGGAAUUACAAACCUCGUACGGAUUUCUUUGCCAACGAGUGUGGUAUGCUGAAUGGAUCAGCUGGGGAGUUUUAUCCGCCAAAUCUAAGCAAAGAUGUGCCCAUUCAACUGUUCACGCCGGACAUGUGCCGCAGUUUGCCACUGGACUUUGAAUCGGAGGAAGAAGUUCAUGGAAUCAAGGCCUUCAAGUAUGCCGGGGGCCCACGAACGGUUGACAAUGGAACCCAGUUUCCGGAAACGAUUUGCUUCAGUGAGGGUGAAAUCGUUCCAUCUGGGGUGCUGAAUAUAUCUUCCUGUCGGUUCGGUUCUCCUGUUUUCAUGUCGUUCCCGCAUUUCUACGGAGCGGAUGAGUUCUAUCUCAAUCAGGUCGAGGGACUGAAUCCCGAUAAAAGCAAACAUCAGUUCUACAUGACUAUGGAACCGACUACAGGAAUUCCGUUGGAUGUAGCAGCCAGAUUUCAGCUCAAUUUACUUAUUGAGCCGCAACCUAAUGUGGCUUUGUUUUCAAAUGUGAAAAAAGUAUUCUUGCCGGUGUUGUGGUUCGAGCAGCAUGUGGUCAUGCAGCCUGAAUUCGCGGGCGAAAUCGGCCAGGCCCUAAGCAUACCGGCCACGGCUCGGGUCAUCGGAAUAGUGCUGCUGGUGAUCGGUACCCUGCUCCUAUCUUGGCUUCCCCUGGAAAGCUACAUUUGGCGACGGCGGCGAGACAUCGUCAACGAUAUCAACGCCGACAAAACGCUGCUGAAGCAAAACCUUGCCAAAACGGCAAUCCUCAUACCGGAAAAGGAGAUGAAAGAAAUUCAUCAUCAUAAUCAUCAGAGUGACAAAGGGAAGAUCGUCGAGGCGCAUCCGCUGAUCGAAAGCAAAUCGGUCCGGCUAGUGGAGGAAAAUGGAACCACCAAGACGUGAGAGUCCUUCGGCAUGGAGGACAGAGCCGAGCAAUUUCCGACAGGUCGAUGGGCUAGAACCACUUCCAUCCUAUAUGUAUGUGUGCUGAAAACCAAAAAAGACUUCCUCUUACGAUUUUAAGAGCAACUUUCGUGUCCAGAGCUUUAAAUCGUGAAGGACAAAUCAGUUCUCUGAAUUUAGUUACUAGAACUUUAGUGCGUUAAGUCUUUGUCCAGAAAAUUGGCGUCCCAUUGCAGCGUUCAAACGACUUAAAGUUGAUCGCAAUUCAGGUUAGCUAGAGUAUUCUGGUAUGGGAAAUCGUUAACAGAUUGUUGACGAAAAAGUUCCACAAGAAAUAUUUUGUUAAAAAAUAUAUCCAACUACGUACAUUGUUAAGUUGAAAGUAAAUUUAAAAAAAAUCUAUUUCGUUCGCCUUUUUUUAUCGUGAUAGUCGAUUCAAACUGGCAGCUUAGAAACGAUAUACUUUUGUGAAAUAAAAACUUACUUAUUCGUUGAAAAAUACUUCCAAGGACCAAACACAAACGAUAGAUUUCAUACUAACUCUCUCAGAUGCUGACAAUACCUAAAUAUAAUAAGAGUUCCACUUUCAAGGAACGAUCAAUGCGAAUCGUUCUUGUAACAAACUUUUUUUAUAAAUAAAUUUUGUGUCAUAUCACCAGCGUACGUAAUAAAGUUGUAAAACAGAAGAGCAAAACAAUUCUAAAAUAAAACAUUCAAGUGAGAGAUCAGUGCCAGUUAAAGCGAAGAAAGACAUUCUUCAGAAUAUUAAAAAAGUUAAAAAAGAAAUAUCUUUGAUUCCAAAGACAAGAUAAAAAUGUAAAGCAAUACUGUGGUAUCUACAAACUUACUAAGAAGAAAAACGUUUAUCACAUACACUACACAUGCCUUUAUACAUUUGUAAAUCACAUCGAGAAGAUAUUGCGGUUGCGAUAUAAAAAAAAAAAAACUUAGUCCUAAAGAAGAUUUCCAUUAGCGUAUUAGUCAGUCUUACUACAUUAUAAACACACGGUGAACAAAUCAACAUUACAUUAGCAUAGCAGUUUGGGUUUAAGAAUAGAUAAUGUGUGAGGACUUGUUGACUUGUGUUGUGACGAUGGAUGUGACACGGAAGCAUUGUUGAAUUUAUCCAAUUUAUCUGAAUAAAAAUCGAUUCGAACGUAUUAUUUUAAAAUAAACAGUCAAGUUUUGUUUCUUUUUAUCUCAAA